GAACGAUAUCAUCUAGACAAAGCUGACGAGCUGAGCAGCACAGGAGUAACAGGAUACAUCGGCGGUGAUGUCUUAUCUCAGCUCCUCCCCUUAUAUCCCACUUUGACAUACCGAAUUCUCGUCCGCACCGAGGAGAAAGGAAAACAAAUCCGAGCCCAAUACCCCGAAGUCCAAAUACUAGACGGCGGUUUAAGCAACUCCGCCAUUUUAGAGCAAGAGAGCACCAACACAGAUGCCACAGUCCACUCCGCCGACGCAGCAGACAACCUCCCAAUUCGGAAAUCCAUCGUCACAGGCAUACUCCAAGGCCAUACCCCAGAGCGACCCGCCUACUGGCUCCACACCAGCGGAGCAGGAAUCUUCAGCUACAUCGACGAAGACGAGAAAAUAUACGAGAUAAAAAGGGCAAAGAUCUUCAACGACUGGGAUGGCAUUAAAGAGAUAGUCUCCAACCCCGAUCAUGCAUUCCACCGGGAUGUGGAUUAG